CAAUCGCCGCACGGCAUCUGACCUGAGAUCAGCUCGCGCACCACAGACAAAGCUGCCACGGACGGCUACAGAACCGAUCCCAGAUCAUUCUUCAACCGCGAAAAGGCACCAGACAGGGAGUUUGUGUUACAAACCCAUCAUGUCUUUUGCAGAUAUACGCGUUUGAGUCAGUCAGUGUUUAAUUCGCUCAUACACACUUUCCUCUGACGUUUAGCCCAGCGCGCGUGCGCGCACUCACAUACACACACAGUCUGCUGGCGUGAUCAGGACGGCUGCCGCGAACACACACAGAAACACAGCAGCCGCAGAAGACAAUUACAUCGCAGCACUGUUGAAAAGCUAGAAGUCUACGGCCGCUACCAUGCCACUAUUUGGUAAAUCUCACAAGAACCCCACAGAAAUUGUGAAGACCCUGAAGGACAACCUCUCCAUCCUGGUCAAACAGGACAAGAAGACAGAGAAGGCUUCAGAGGAGGUGUCCAAAUGUCUGGUGGCGAUGAAGGAGAUCCUGUACGGCACUAACGAUAAGGAGCCGCACACAGAAACGGUGGCUCAACUGGCCCAAGAGCUCUACAACAGCGGCCUGCUCAUCUCACUGGUGGAAAACCUGCAGGUCAUCGACUUUGAGGGUAAAAAAGACGUUUGUCAGAUCUUCAACAACAUCCUGCGCAGGCAGAUCGGAACCCGCAGCCCAACGGUGGAAUAUUUCUGCUCUCAUCAGGAAGUUCUUUUCAUCUUACUCAAAGGGUAUGAGACCCCUCAGGUGGCACUGAAUUGUGGGAUUAUGCUGCGUGAGUGCAUCCGGCACGAACCUCUCGCCAAAAUCGUCCUCCACUCUGAACACUUUAAAGAUUUCUUCAGCUAUGUGGAGAUGUCCACAUUUGACAUCGCUUCUGAUGCAUUUGCCACCUUUAAGGACCUGCUCACGAGACACAAGGUUCUGGUGUCAGAAUUUUUAGAACAGAACUAUGAUGCGGUUUUCGAUAACUACGAGAAACUGCUUCACUCUGAGAACUACGUAACCAAGAGACAGUCAUUGAAGCUGCUGGGUGAACUGCUCCUGGACAGACACAAUUUCACAGUCAUGACACGGUACAUCAGUAAACCAGAGAACCUGAAGCUCAUGAUGAACCUCCUGAGAGACAAGAGCCCCAACAUUCAGUUUGAGGCUUUCCAUGUCUUUAAGGUGUUUGUGGCCAAUCCAAAUAAAACGCAGCCCAUCGUAGACAUUCUUUUGAAGAACCAAACGAAACUCAUCGACUUCCUUAGCAACUUUCAGAAGGAUCGCACGGACGACGAGCAGUUUAACGACGAAAAGACGUACCUCGUCAAACAAAUACGAGACCUAAAGAAACCAGCCUCCUAAACUUUAGCUAUUACAGUAUUAGGGAAAAAAAACCAACAAAAAACCCACAAAAAAAAUAUAUUAACAAUAAUAAUUCUAUUUAAAAUCUUGAAAAAUUUGUCUCUUCUUAGUUCUGAGGCUUACAAAAGAAGGUUCCUGAUCAUUGAUGUUCUGUGUUCUUAUUUGCUUUUCUUAUCUUAUCGCAAACUCUCGUGCCAUGAUAGGAUGUUUCAGAAGUAGGAAUCAGUUUGAGUUACAGGACGAACACAUCAAGACAGUGCGGAUGAGGAAGUACAGGUAAACUUUAAUUUUCACGAGUCUGGACACUCCACGCUCUCCCUGGCAUCAACAGCGCCACAAUCAGAAGAGAUUGUGUUAUUUGGAUGUUGCUGGAAAGGAGCUGAAAUUCCCAAACGAUCAAUUAUGAGCUGUUGAUUUUCUCUUGAUAUCUUGUAACUGCACUAAUCUUCAUUCUUGCAUUCCUCCUUUCCGUCUUCUUUUCUCGGGCAUCAGUAUGACUUGCAUUCGCUUUUGUUAUUUGAUUAGCCUGUGCUUUAUUCAGAACACUACAAACCUGAUCAUUUCCUCCCUGUUCUCUUUAUUCUGUUUGUGUUUUUAUAAGAAUUAUUUAGAAGGAAGAAUUCAUUUAUCAGUAUUUUAAUUAUUGUUCAUCUGAGCUGAAAAAGGAAGAGCAUGUGUGGGUCUUCGUGUACAUUUUGAGUUGCUGCCAGGCCGUUUUUCUGAUCAGACAGCAUCGCUAUUUUGUUUUAUAUAUUUUUAUUUGAUGUUUACCUAAAGCUGAUUUUACUCUUAAGGUGGUUGCCAUUUUAGAAGAAUUUUGAAAAAUCAACUUUGGCACUAAGUGAACCGGUGUAUAUUCCAACUCGUAGAUUUCAUGUAGAUCAGUGAGGUAAAUCUAUAGUGCUUUGGCAUUGCUAUUGUAUGCUCUAUACUAUAGUGCCCUUAGUGCUAUAGGAUUUGUUAACUUUAGUACAUCAUACUAAAGUACUUCUUAUACUGUCGUGCAGCUGUAGUAUUCAUUUCUAUACUAUAGUAUUCCUUUUACUGUAGUAUGUAUUUUGUGCUAUAACCCAUAAUUCACAUGUCUAUGAUGAUUUUGACAGAAGUAGAUUGUUGCAUAGCUGAAAAACAAGAUGAAAUGAGGAUUUAAACAUACAAAACAGGUGCCUUUUGUUCUUGAGUUAUUAAUUUACUCUUUUUUUUUUUUUUUAUUAUUAUUAUUAUUUGAGAAGAAAUUUUGGAAGGGGGAGCUUAAUUUCUUUUUGUUUUUAAUAUGUUCUCAUUGAGCAUAUUUAGCUUGAUUAAGCAAUGAACCUCUUUAACUCACUAUAUUUGAGUUAUGCUGUUGAAGAAAAUUCAUUAAAUUUCAUUAUUUUUUCCUCUA